GGGGCCGGCAGCACGCGCGCGAGGCAGUGAGAGUGUGCGCCGCGCCGGUCGGCUGCAGCGGACGGCGAGCGAUGGCGCAGACCAGUGGCGUGCUGGCUGGCAGGACGUUCCCUCGGCCGGAGGUGCCGCCGCUGCCACGGCACGUGCUGCGGCCGUUGCGCAGGGCGAGAGACCCGCCCAACCAGGUGCCUCCGCUGACCCCCGGCACAAACAAGAAGAUCGCAGAGGCCCUGAUGGCGUCCUUCGAGAAUUGGAACAAGGAGCAGGAGAAGCGGAACAUCCCCAAAGACCCGCGCCAGUGGACGGAGAUGGACGUGGUGCACUGGCUGUGCUGGGCCACCAACGAGUUCUGCAUGGAGGGCGUCGAGAUCGACAAGUUCAACAUGAACGGUCGGGAGAUGUGCGCCCUCGGCAAGGAGAGCUUCCUGUCGCGCACGCCGCAGUGGAUGGGCGACAUCCUGUGGGAGCACCUGGAAAACCUCCAGCGAGAGUGGGAGAAGGCGCGGGCAACGUUGGAGAACAUCCCGGCUGGCGCCUACGAGAACGUCUGCGUGCCCGACUUCAACCAGUUCUUGGACCAGUACCCGGCGGGCAGGGGUCUGCACCAGUCGGGCUCGGGUACCGGCGGUCUGGCGGCCGGCAGUCCGGGCCCGCCGUCGGCGCCGGUGCCCGUCCAUGCGCACCACGCCACGCACCCUCAGCCGCUCUCGGAAGGUGCGUACGGUGCGCCGAUGGGUGAGCCGAUGCCGGGGCUGGCCGACGACUCGGCCGCGUACGUGCCGCAGCAUUACGAGCCCGACUACACGCACGUGGCCGAGCCGCACCACCCGCCCUACGACCAGUCCGGCUCGCCCGAGUUCUACCCCAACGAGCUCAAGUAUCGGCCGCCACACAAACUCUACCCGCCCGCGUCGCGCUACGACGGCUACGAGCACUACGCCGGCGGCUACGACCCGCACUACCAGACGGUGCCGCAGGCGCCGCCGGAGGCGUGGCACCCGGAGCUGAUGCAUGGCGCGCCGCACCCGGCCUACCUUCCACCGCGGCACCCGCGCGACUCGCCGCUGCAGGCCGACGCCAGGGGGUCGUACCCGGCCGCCGGCGGACCCUGCUUCACCGGCUCCGGGCCCAUCCAGCUGUGGCAGUUCCUGCUGGAGCAGCUGACGGACAAGACGUGCCAGACGUUCAUCGUGUGGACCGGCGACGGCUGGGAGUUCAAGCUCACAGACCCGGACGAGGUUGCACGACGGUGGGGAACCAGGAAAAACAAGCCAAAAAUGAACUACGAAAAGCUCAGUCGUGGUCUACGAUACUACUACGACAAAAACAUAAUUCACAAAACCGCCGGCAAGCGCUAUGUCUACCGGUUCGUCUGCGACCUGCAGAGCUUACUGGGGCGUACGCCGGAAGAGAUGCACGCCAUGGUGGACUUCAAGCCGGAUAAGUCGGACGACGAGUGAAGCCCCAACCGGCAUUCGUGUGUCAAUCCAAAGAUGCGUCGCGCGAAUGGGAAUCGCUCUCAGGCGGCGCCACCUGCGAUGAGUACCUGAACCAUUAGUUCGCGCUUUCGCCGCAGCACGCCGCUGGCGUCGCCUGAGAAGGGUUUGGUCAGGGGACGGAAGCGAGACUCAAGCCGUCGGCUGAAGGUAUCGAGAGGAGAUGGCGGAGCAAACCCUUGAAAAGUGAUCUUAAAAGGCUUAUCAUUUGUGACUAGUCGGUUCGUGUGUAGUCAAGACCAUGCAUACUGAUCAGAUUGCGACAUAUUUUUAUCAUCGUCCUUUUCCAUUUUUGUAAUUAUUUGUGCAUCGCGACUUUUGAGCACUCGCCCGAACGAGCCCGGACUCAGUGCGCGCGUUUCAUGUGCGAAACGGUCGCUUUUUACGAGCUCAUCUAGUGGAGCGACGCGGUCGCCGCGGGACACUGCAGAAGCUCAACCCCUCACGACGGCGCGCGUGCGGGAGCUCCGAGAACGGCGCAGGUCGGCUGGCCGCCGACGAAACUCGUUUCGGAGCCGCGGCGCGAACCUCCGCCUUGGCUGUUACCGCAGCGGUGCCAGUGUCAUGUGCUGCCUCUCGCUCGGUGUCGGGUGCGGUGAUUGCAUUGACUGCAUCCCGCCGCGCACUCUGCCAUGUUGGACAUGUGUUUACCAUGUUCGCACCCCGAGCUGUGCGAAGCUGCGUGUUCAUCGUUGUUCGAGCUGAGUGGGUCAGCUCAGUGUUGUUGUUUUCCGGCUCACAAGUUUGUCCGUAGCGGGCGUCAUUGUUGCACUGUGUGCACGUCUCUUCUUUGGGAUCGGCGUGAACGACCGCAGUGUCCCUCAGUCUGCGAGAUUGUUGGAGCAGCGCCUCUGCUUGUCAAUCCCACCGAAGCAAGCUGAAGCGAUGCCGCUUGAAUCGGACACUCGUGGAGUGCAGCAUCGGCUGGGGCAUCGGGGCCCGCUGCGCCCGGGAUCUCUUCAGCCGUGCUGUCUCUGCUCCGUUAAUCUCUCGCUGCACCCUUCCCCGGGACCCUGUCGCGUUCGCACCGUGUGACAUGUGACGUGUGACGGUGUGACCGCGUGACAGCCCGGGCCCACGCCGCACCUCGUGCCUUCCCACGCAUGUAUCACUGUCUGCUGAACUCGUACAGACGAAGUGCCUUGUCCACGCACGAGGCUGCCCUGUAAUCACUUUUGCGUCGACGGUUAGCGGUGGUCCAUUGAAUGAGCUGUUUGAAUGUGAGCAAAUGAAACAAAUACAUAUUAUCGCCUCGUG